AUAUUUGUCGCGUCUGUGACAGAAUGCAUUAUCGAAGAUCCGGCCACAAAAAGACAACAGCCUCGUGAUUAUCUCCAGUCCCUAGAGGAGCGAGUAGGCAUGCUUGAGGGUCUUUUAGCCCAGACGUAUCCUGACUUAUCGAACGACCACCUUCGUGAAUUUGACAACAGAUCGGCAAAUACAUCGAAUGACCAGAACUACAACGGCCCCGUGGCUGAUGUGAUCAGCGAUUCCGAACGAAACCAAAGCGACCAGUUCAGCACAACUACUUCAUUCAUACCGGAGAGUAUUGCAGGUGCGCAAUUCACUUCAGGAGAUCACAUAAGCACCCCAAGCGUCGUGAACCAUUCUGAUAACGUGGAUGAUCUGUUUUCGGAAAUUGGGAUGCUGUCUCUCCAGGCUGCAGGGCAGAGUCCGCCGCAUCCGCAUUACUUCGGACCAGGGUCAAGCUUUGUCUUUUCAAAGUCGGUCUUUUCUCAUUUCAAUAGACUGAGAAGCCAGGGGCCAGGGCUCUCAUUAGGUGGGAUAUGGGACUGGAAGAUGUCGAAUCUGCCACCCGCUGUCCCCGCUGCUCUUCCCAGUCGCGAGAUUGGGCGGCUUUUGUCCAAUGCGUACUUUGAAAAUAUCAAUCCGCAGUACCCUAUCCUCCAUCGGCCGACAUUCACCAAGUGGGAGCAGGAAGUCAUGGACGCCGGAGAUAAUGCUACGAUUCCGCCCUCGGUUGCUAGCUUUUUCGUAAAC